AUGGAUCACCUCUCUCCUCACUCGAACCUCCCGUUCCGGACGGCGGAAAGACUUACUCCUCGCGCAAAUCCCAACUAUGACAUUUACUUUUCCGACGAGAAGAUCAAAUCCGUGGUUGAGAGAUGCCUCCCAAACGUCAAGAAGGAACAAAUGACCAUCGAGCACUUGCCAUCGGGGAAGUCAUUCAACAAUCGCAUCUACUUUAUCAACCUCAACGAGCCUGUUCUCAACACCCGACCAGAGUGGAAACUGGAAGACAAGGAAGUCGAGGUUGCCAAAUCCAACACUCAGAUCCAGUCAUCAUUCCUCGUCCUCAAGAUAGCAGGCCAUCCAUUCGGACGUAACAAAGUCCAAAACGAGGUCGCUUGCCUGCUUCUGCUGGAGAAGCAUUGCUCAUCCAUCCCGUGCCCAAAGUUGAUCGCCUGGUCGGACGACGGCAAGAAGGUCCGCACACCUGGAUUUCCCCGCGGCUUCAGAGACAAUGAGGUAAAAAAUAUUCCGGUCUUGGCCAUUCAAGCAGAAGAUGGUGUCCCAAUUGAAAAUGUCCGCAAGGAUACCGAGGGACAAGGCUGGAUGCUGCUUACUCGCGAGCCUGGUAAGCCUAUCAGCCCAGAAGACUUGGCUGGCAAAGCCGGAGACGAACUGAUGCGCCAGAUUGGUACUCACGUGGCUACCUGGCGGAAGGACAUGCCAGCGGCAAAGGCUGUAGGCAAUCUACGAAUUGUCGGAAGUGGCUCUCAGCCGGGACCCGCUGCUGUUUUGUACGACAAAGUCAUUCUUCCAGGCUACGACGUCCAUAUUGACGGUCUGAUCACCAACUCAUCCCCACAAUCUCCACUGGGUACUGCAGAAAAGUACGCCGCCUUCUCGCUGAAGAGCUCUCUUAAGAAACUCAAAGAAGGCAAACUCUACGGCCAUACCUCGGACGAAGUGUAUGACAAGGUGAAGCGCUUCCUGGAUGUGUCCCUCCCGAAACUGCCCAUGUUCCGCUAUGGGUUCGAACCGAUGGUCUUCACCCACGAUGAUCUAUCUACUCGCAACGUGCUCGCAGUGCCUCAUGGAAAUGGAGGCGCUAAAGUGUCGGCGAUCAUCGACUUUGAAUUUGCUGGCUUUUUCCCCAAGGACGAAGAGUUCGCCAACUGUCUGCAGAACGACAAUCUCGAAUGGCCAUUGAGGAAAUACGCCAGCUUUUUGGACGAGCUGAAGGACCGUGACGCCCUACCAGAAGCACUGUCUACCAAGAUUCCAGCACCAUCCGCGCUUGGAAAUGCAUCUGACAUGGCUCUUGAGUUUGGUACCUCUGAGUUUCACCAGGCAACGAUCCUUCUUCGCAUGUGUAUCAACGCGGCACCCUGGUGGAUCAAAGAGGAGAAAGGGUUCAGUCCCGAGCAACUCGAAGCGGAACUGGUAUCGGCGAAGGCUCGGGUUGAUCGAGCGAUCGCCUGGUUAGAGUCGACCAUUCCAGAAACUCCAGACAAAGGAGACCGACGACGCAGCAGAACCAGCAGCACCGCCUCAAAGCCGACACCAAAGAAUUGA